AUGACAAAUGAUAAAGGUGAAGUGAGAUAUAAUGAAGGUGACAUAAGGUUAAGAAGCAUUAAGGAUGGGCUGACACUUGAUGAAUUGAGGCUAAUGAUAUCUAAGUGGAUUGGUGGUGAUGGAAGAAAUUAUGACAUUAAGUACACAGUGGCCUUUGAUGAGAAGACAUUGAUUGACCUUCAUGACAAUGCUGAAAUGUAUAACCUCUUUCAAUACAAUGGGAACAGCGGUCAUGUGUAUGUGGCCGAAAAAAGACAAAUGGGUCCCCAACCAAGGGACAAUGUAGAAAUAAAUGCUCGUGAAUGUGACAAUGAUAAAAUAAGUGGGCCCCCUAAUGUGGAUAAAUCUAUCGAAGCUGAAGAUACGGAUGGUAGUGAGAUGGUUCAUGCGGAAUGGAGGGGACUUUUAACAGGAGUGGGCCAAUGUUUUCCUAGUACAGAUGUAUUUCAGGUGUUUGUAUAUAAGUUUGCAUUUACAAACAAUUUUGUGGCCAAGUAUAUGAGGAAUAGCAAAGAAUUCAUGUCGAUGAGGUGUAAAGUUGAGGGUUGUCCAUGGAAGCUAUGUGCAAAUCAUGUGGGGAAGAGUUGUGAUGUGCUACGAGUGACGACAUUUAUAAACCGGCAUGUUCAUUCUGCCCAAGAUAGCUUAGACGUGAUGCAUAGUGGAAGAGCUAGUUUGAACUCAUCAAUAAUAAUUGAUGAGAUGAGGGAUCAUGCAGACAAUCACACUUCUGAGAUAAGGAAGAGGUUGAAACGAGAGUAUGGGAUUGAUCUAACAUAUAAACAGGCUUAUAGAGCAAGAGAGAAGUCAUUGGAAGACAUAUAUGGCAGGCCUGAACAAUCAUACAUGCUCAUACCAUGGGUAUGUGAAAGGAUAAAGGAAACAGAUGAAAAAUCAGUGGCUAAAUGGACUGCUAUUGGGAACUGGUUUGAGCUUGUUUUCAUUGCCUACGGGCAUGCAUUGAGGGUUUCUUGGGUGGCGCGAGGCAUAUUAUGUAUGUUGAUGGAACUCACUUAA